CUUGUCUACAAAACAAACAUAAACGAGUUCAAUGCGUGAUUUAUCACUAUGUUCCUCAACCAACUAACCAAACCUUCAAUUCUUUACCCUAGUAGUUAAUGUAAGUGUAACAAAUAUAUCUAGAGAGAGAGAGAGAAACAAAUAUAUAUUUACACUCACGUACGUACACAAAAACCAUAUAUUUCAAGUGAAUUUGUGGUUAAAUUUGAUUGGUUGUUAUUUAUUUAUCUAAACAAAAUAAGUAUACAUAUAUAUAGAUCGAGGUUUUUUUUUUUCUUGAUAUGGAUUUUCGUUCAGGGUUUGGAAUAGUAGUAGUAUGGCUGGUUUAUUUUCAUUAGGAAGAACUGAAGAAGAAAACCAACAGAAUAAUAAUCCAACAACAGAAUUCUGGUAUAAUAAGAAUGAUGAUUCUGUUGUUUCUAAUAAUUCAUACCGUGGUUUUGAGAUUUGGAACCAACAUCAACAACAACAGUUGUUUUCUUUACAACAACCUCAACAACAAGAUCUUUACUCCUCUGGUGUUGUGUUAGGAGUGGGACCUACUAAUAGGGUUUGUUCUUCUGAUGAGAAUAGAUCUACUGUGUUUAUAGGAAGUGGAAGUGGAAGUAUAAGUUGUCAAGAUUGUGGGAAUCAAGCUAAGAAAGAUUGUCCUCAUAUGAGAUGUAGAACUUGUUGUAAGAGUAGAGGUUUUGAUUGUCAAACUCAUGUUAAGAGUACUUGGGUUCCUGCUGCUAGAAGAAGAGAAAGACAACAACAACAACAACAACAACAACUUUCUGCUCCUAAAUCAUUUCAACAACAUGGAGAUAUUGUUCCUCAAAAUAGACACAGAGAUCUUAACAAUAACAAUUCCUCUUUAGCUUGCACUCGUUUACCUACAAACCGUUCACUCACUCUCCCUUCAGCAGGGUUAUUGGAUGAGAUGAAUUUUCCAGCUGUGGUGAAUUCUCCAGCAGAGUUCAGGUGCGUGAGAGUUAGCUCAGUUGAUGAGAACGAAGAAGAGUAUGCAUAUUCAACGGCUGUAAACAUUGGAGGGCAUGUUUUUAGAGGAAUUUUGUAUGAUUAUGGUCCAGAUCAUGGGAGUAAUAGUUACAAUAUGGCUGCCGGAAACGCCUCUAAUUCUAGUGGUACAGCCCUUGAAGGGGUGGUUGAGCCCUUAAACCUUAUCUCAGGUGUCCCUGCUAGUGGUGUUGGGGAAAUUGUUGAUCCUUCUUCUUUGUAUCCAGCUCCACUUAAUACCUUCAUGCCUUCUAGUGGUACGCAAUUCUUCCCCCACCCAAGAUCUUGAACAAAUUUUUCAUCAUUCAGAGCCUAAAGAAUUUAGGAUAAAACAAAAACAUAUUUUAAUUUUUUGUAUUUUAUCAUUUAAUUUACUGUAUUCCUUUAUUAUUAUUAUUAUUAUUAUUUUACAGCUUUUUCUAAUCAUUUCACAGUCUUGUAGACUGUA